GUUGACUCGCGUCAUCCCGCACAUUUCUCGAUUACUUUGUUACUCAAACAACACACAAUGUCGCCUUCGGAAGACUCGGCGGUCUCGUCCCCCUUCGUGCAGAGCCCCAAGCUCGGCGCUAUGAACGGCACUCCCAAGCCCAACGGAGCUGUGGUCAACGGCCAGCGCAAUGAUUUUCUCUCAGACCGUGCCGCGAGCACCGAGAUCGAUGGCAUCCGCGGUCUUAUGCCGCUUGAGGGUCCCGGCAUCAUCACCUUCCUCGCCGGCCGCCCUAACCCCACCACAUUCCCCUUCGACAGCAUCACGCUGCACAUGAAGCCGCCUCUCGGCGGCGGUGAGAAGCGUGACGUUGAGCUUGACGGCGAGCUUCUCGACGCCGCGAUGCAGUACGGCCCUUCGGCGGGUCUGCCUCAGAUCCGCAAGUGGCUCAGUGACCUUCAGACGCACGUGCACGGGCGUGCGCCGGGAAACUGGGCUGUCUCAAUGGGUUCGGGCUCGCAGGAUCUCAUGAGCAAGGCAUUCCACGCCGUGCUCAACCCCGGCGACCCCAUCCUCAUGGAGACACCCGUUUACUCGGGUGUUCUCCCCACCCUCCGCCUCCUUCAGGCGAAGAUGGUCGAGGUUGAUGUCGAUGACGAGGGCCUCUCGGCCACACGUCUGGAGGAAAUCCUCGCCAACUGGCCCGCCGACCAGAAGCGCCCCCGCGUUAUCUACUCCACCCCCGUCGGUUGCAACCCCUCGGGUUGCUCGGCCAGCAAGCAGCGCAAGCUCGACGUGCUUGCUGUCAUGAAGAAGUACGACCUGCUCAUGAUGGAGGACUACCUCACUCAGAACCUCAUCCCGUCCUACUUUGAGCUCGAGACGCAGGUGUUCCCCGAGGGCGGGCACGUGCUGCGUUUUGACUCGUUCUCCAAGCUCCUCUCGGCCGGUAUCCGCCUUGGCUUCGCCACGGGUCCCAAGGACAUCCUGCACGGCAUCGAUGUCAACACGGCGGGCGCGAACCUGCACACGUCGGCGCUCUCUCAGGCGGUCGCCUUCAAGCUGCUUGAGGCGUGGGGCAUCGAGGGUUUCCUGAGCCACGCGCACUGCGUCGCCGACUUCUACGCGGAGCGCCGCGACAUCUUUGAGGCUGCCGCCAGGAAGCACCUCGACGGCUUGGCCAAGUGGGUCUCGCCUGUCGCGGGCAUGUUCCUGUGGAUCGACAUGUCGCCGGCCGGUAUCACGGACAGCUACAAGCUCAUCCGCAAUGAGGCGUUCGCCAAGGGCGUCCUCGCUGUCCCUGGCCAGGCCUUCUACCCCUCAGGCAGGCCGUCGCCGCACGUCCGUGUCUCGUUCUCGGUCAUCGACCUCGAGACGGAGGCGCCCGAAGGCUUCCGGCGCCUCGCGGAGGCUAUCCACGACAAGCGCCGGGAGCUGGGUCUGGAGUAGGGUGCUGUUCAAAAGGGCAAUGGGUUGUGGAUCUAGACAGGAUUACAUGUUGAUGUAAUUGUUGGACUUUGCAGCGAAUUCGGUGCUGCUUAUGUCAGGAGGCCUCCCAUCAUCCAGACGAUCAUUGAGGAAGCAGCUGAAACAAUCACGCACAGGCAAGCUCCCCUAGUCUUGCUCUAUGUAGACUCCCAAUUAUCAGGGAUUGGAAAACGAUAGUAAUAGUAAGAAAAUGUACGGG